AUAUAUAUAUAUAUAUAUAUAUAUAUAUACCGAUUCUUAUGAAUCAGCUACUGAGCUUUUGAAGAUUGGAUAUCCUUCAACAUUCAAAAAACCAAUCUUAUGGAUAGAUGCUGGAAUACACGCACAAUUGUUACAGUUUGUGCAUGAUUCUUCAUAUAAACGAUUGCUACACGAAGUAGACAUUAUUGUUGUUCCAAACACAAACCCUGAUGGAUAUGAAUAUAGCCGUGAGACGAACAGAAUGUGGAGAAAAACAAGAUCCCGAUCAUCAGCCAGCCGAUUUAGCGACCAGUGCACCGGUGUAGAUGCAAAUCGAAACUAUCCAUUCCAUUUUGGCGAAGAGGGCGUCUUGGGACUUGCGGCAGCGAUACUUGAGAAGAAGGAUCAGAUUCGUGGUUACAUAGCUCUACAUUCAUUUGGUCAAGACAUCCUUUAUCCUUGGGGACAUAAGUUGCAUGUUUAUCCACCGGAUGUUGAAGAU